AUGGGUGCUUGUCAAAUAAGAUCUAAACUAAAAUCUGAAUAACAAAAAAGAGUUGACAAAAGAAAGAAAUUGCUUUAUAGCAAAUCAGUACUUAGCGGCACCGUUAAGAACUACACUUUUGAAAGUUAACAAACAAUAAAAACAGAACAAACAUCUUAGAAAGAGUAAGUUUGCAGUAUCUUAAUCUCUACUCAAAACUUCAAUAAAGUCUAUACAAUCUUAAAUUAAUACAAACCCAUUAGAAUUGGUGAAGACAAAAUUUUAACGAUCCAACAUAAUAUUAAUGCUCAAGUGAGACAUGCUAGAUUUAUAGAAAGAUCGUAAGAGAAUGAUUCUUGGAUAGAAAUCUUUUUAAAAUAAAAUUUUAAUCAUCCUAAUAUAAUAAGAGUUUUCGAGUAUUACUCCUCCGAAAAGGAUUACCAUAUUCUUAUUUAAGAAUAGAUUUUAGGUAUUUCCUUAUGUGAAUACAUCAAACCAAGUGAACAAAUUAAGGAAUGUUUGGCUGCCUCAUUAAUUGUUUAAGUAUUAUAGGCUAUAUAAUAUCUACACUAAAAUGACAUAGUACAUGGAAGAAUAUCUCAAAAUUCAUUCUUUUUUGCUCAAGAGAAUAACUUUACUAAACUAAAAUUAGUAGAUUACAAAGAAAUGUACUUGAGACCAGAACUUAAUCUAAAUUCAAUAAUAUUCAUCCCUCCUGAAUUAAUCACCUUCAUCUAACAAGAAAAGUUUUCAAAAGAAGGUGAUAUUUGGGCUUGUGGAAUCUUAAGUUACAUAAUUUUAAAUAGUGCAUCUCCUUAUUCCAAAUGCAAAACCAUGUAGAGUAUGUAAAGCCAAAUAAUGCGAGGAACUCUUUUUUUUGAAUCUACCAGCUUUGAUAAAAUAUCGAACCCAGGAAAAUGCUUUAUUAAAAGAAUGUUAGCUAGAUUAUUAACACAACGUCCAACAAUCCAAUAAGCUCUUAAUGAUUAAUGGAUUACUUAAAAUACAGUAUCCAAGAAAACUAAUACCAAAGACACCCUUAAUAAACUUUCUUAAUUUAAAUAAGCUAACAAACUAUAGUUUCAUAUAAUGAUUCACAUGAUCAAUGUAUUUUUUAGUUAGACUUUCUCAUAACUAAUUAAUACUUUCAAUGAAAUUGAUGCAAAUAAGGAUGGAAAAGUUAACAUGGAGGAAAUGAUGGUAGCUUACAAAUCCUUAGGGAGUGAGGAUGACGCAAAGGAUGAAGUCAAACAAAUGUUUGAAAAACUGGAUACCGAUGGAAGUGGGGAUAUCGAUUUUUAUGAAUUUCUUAUAGCGGUCACAGAUCGUUAAGCUCUAUUCACAAUCUAAAACUUAUAAAUGACCUUUUAAACUCUCAACAUUAGUAGAAAUGGAAGGUUAACUGAAUAGGAAUUAUCUUAUGCUCUUUAAAUUCCUAUAGAAACCGUUUAAGAAAACCUUCCUAAAACUCACAUCCAAAAAAAUGGAAAAGCCAUUUUAGAUCUAAGAUCAUUUAAGGAGUUUAUGCUAGACUUAUUAUGA